AUGGUUCUGGGUCUUCAUCUGUCACUCUUAUUGGGCGCAGCGUCUAGCGUUGCGUUCGCAGUUUUCCCUCCUGUUGAUCACGGUUGGGCCCCUGAAGCUCCACUACCUCCUGGGAACGGACGGGUGGCUGAGCCUUCACCUGAGCUCCCUCGUCCCUCACAACCUUUCCCCCUAGCACAGACUCGGUCGCAUGACUGUGAGCCUCUACCCAUAACAACAGUUGUGCCUGCCAUUACGACAAUAGAAUGGACAAGUGGUAUACCUCCUGCAACCCACCCUUCUUGGCCUCAUGCUACACUUGGCGGAUGGACGGUCAUUAACCACCAUACGACGUAUUACUUCGCCCAGACUCAAUACAGCACUCUCCUUUUGCCAACUCCUCGUCCCGCAUCGGCCGAACAGUGGAUUGUGAAAUACAAGGAACAUACUCACAGCGGUUUAACACUUGUUCUUCCUGUGAUCGAGAGUGCGAAUGUGGUGACGAAGACGGUGACGAGAACGGCGACGAUUAUUCAGCCUCCUCAGCUCGUGGAGAGGCACUCGGUUACGACCGUUUAUCCUCCUCCUGUCACUAUCGUCAAUACUAUCACUUCAAUCGUGACAUGCCCGACUCCACCUCCACCUCCACCCUCUCCUCCACCUGUCACGGUCACAACUACUCAGCUUGUCCCGACAAUUCUACCCAUAACGGAAUAUCAGACGAAGGUCUCAACAGUGACAGGGACGAAAACAGAGACCGACUUAUACUCCGUCGUACGAACCACAACGGAAUACCAAACACACACAGUGACCGAUGUUCAAUACUCCACUCUCACCCAACUCAUAACCGAGUACCAAACAGCUACUUUGACUACAACAGCUACCGAAACUCGUCCUAUCAAUUAUUGCCCUCCGCAAGCAUACGAUCCUCCAUGUAAGCACGCUGAAAUCCUCUCCAACUGGAACGAACGACGCUUCUGCGUAGGCCACCCCUCACUUACCAUACCCCUCUCCUACUCCUUUCCCGUCGAGAUCAUCAUCGUCGACGCCGCGGCCAAAACGGAUGAAUACAUGAUCGAGGCUGUAAACAACUAUGAUCCUUCUAUCGUGGUGAAUUUGGGUAAGACGAGCGAGAUUAUCCAGAAUCCAGGUGAAAGGUGUGAACAAGGGGAUGAAUGUGUGAGGAAGGGGUUUUCGUGGGGGCGGUUUACGGUUCCGGCUGAUUCGGCGGUGAGAGUCACCGUUGCGAAGGGGAGUGUUUGGAGGGUUUUUUAUAAAGUUGUUCGGCAUUGUCAUUAGGUACGUGGCGGGCAAUUGGCUUCUACCUUCCCCACCUAAGGGAAAAUGAUGACACAUCGAAGUCAAACUCGCUUGAUGCGAUGUCGUCAGCACUCCUGGUGAUUUUGUUUUCGCUGUGUUGGUCAGGUUCAUUUCCUGUCGUGUACAGAUCUUACUGUCCUAUCAUCUUGGUUUAUUUCUUGCGGACUUUAUGGGAAAAGUAUCAAUCCCAGUGUUGGCGUUAUGCUUUCUCUCUCCUCUUGACCCCUGUUCAUUCGGAGCUUCUAGGUUUUUAUUUUCGCCCU